AUGCUUUUCCUGGCCCCGGUCGGUCCACUUUUGUCGUUCAAUCGUUUUCGUCGUGUUCCCCAGCGAAUCUCCCGUCCACUCAGGCUGGAGGCAAGCCUUCUUGCUGGCCCUCCCUCGCUCCCCCCUCCCCUGCUCCCCCCUCUUCUACUCCCCUCCCCUGCUCCCCCUUGUGCUGCUUCCCCCUCCCCUGCUCCCCCUUGUGUUGCCCCCCCCUCCCCUGCUCCCCCAAGUGCUGCUCCCCCCUUCCUUGCUCCCCUUGCGCUGCUCCCCCCUCCCUUGCUCCCCCUUGUGCUGCUCCCCCCUCCCCUACUCCCCCUUGCGCUGCCCCCCCCCUCCCCUGCUCCCCCUUGCGCUACUCCCCCCUCUCUUGCUCCCCGCUGCUCUGCUCCUCCCUCCCCUGCUCCCCCUUGCGAUGCUCCCCCCUCCCCUGCUCCCCCUUGCGCUGCUUCCCCCCCCCCCCCCCCCCCCUGCUCCCCCUUGUGCUGCUCCCCCCUGCUCUGCUCGCCCCUGCUCGUCACACACUUCCCUUCUCGCAACAGUGGAGGAGUGAGCCAUGGUGGGAUGCAGCACGGUGGGAUGCAGCAGCAGGCUCACGCGCAUCCGCUGCCCGUGCCUGCCAGGGGGUUUGAGUAUGGCGAGGAGGAAGAGGAGGGUGCGGGCGCGGGCGGGUUUACUCUGGAGAGCGUGAGAUCGCUGCUGGAGGCUCUUGAGUUGGAGGCAGCAGAGGAGUCUAAACACGCCCUUAGCGUGCGAUCGCUGCUGGAGGCGCUUGAACUGGAGGCGGCGGAGGAGUCUAAACACGCACUCAGCAUUGUGGACCGGGUGCUGUGGGUGGACAAGCGCAGCGCAACUACCCUAACCAGGACCUCCACCCCUCUUCCUCCCUCCUCUCCUAGCCCCCUUCUCUUCCCCAUGGCAGCAUCGUGGACAGGGUGCUGUGGGUGGACAAGCGCAGCUACCAACGCUCCUGCUCCUUCGCAGCGCAACUAUCCUAACCAGGACCUCCACCCCUCUCUCUUCCUCCUCUCCUACCCCCCUUCUCUUUCCCAUGGCAGCAUUGUGGACUGGGUGCUGUGGGUGGACAAGCGCAGCUACCAACUCUCCUGCUCCUUGUAUCCCCCCCCGCGCCCCUCCCCUCAUGGCAUCAUUGUGGACCGGGUGCUGUGGGUGGACAAGUGCAGCGCAGCUACACUAACCAGGACCUCCCCCCCCCCUUCUCUCGCUCGCUCCCCCCAUGGCAGCAUCGUGGACCGCGUGCUGUGGGUGGAGUGGAGAAGCGCAAUUACCAACCCAUCCUACCCAGCCCCCCGCCCCACAACCCCUUCUCCUUCCUCCUUCUCAUGGCAGCAUCGUGGACCGCGUGCUGUGGGUGGACAAGCGAAUUCUCCUGCGCCAUCGCAUAGGUGGGGCGCUAGUAUUGCAGGCACAGGAGGAGAAUGGCUGAGUGACAUCAUACAUGCCUCUCUCCUCCUCUCCUCCCCUCUUCUUCCUCACUCCUCUCUGCAGAUCUUCCUGCGCCAUCGCAUCAGCGGGGCACCAGUGGUGGAGGCACCAUACAGACAGACGGUCUUAUCUGAGUGGGAACCCCCGGCGGACAGAAGGCUGUCGCCGGCAGCGGCGGAGUCGAUGACUGCCGAGUGGUCGGAAGAGGAGGUUAAGAGCGCGUUUCAGUCGAUGACGAAAAACAAGGCUCCUGGCCGGGACGGCUUGCCAAAAGAGCUCUUUGAAGUGCAUUGGGACAUCCUGGGCGAACACUUCAUGUCGCUGGUGAAAAGUUUCUCGGACACGGCGUCCCUUCCAGCCUCCACCAAGGACGCGGUGACCAUCCUGCUGCACAAGAAAGGGGGGAGAGAUCAGCUGGAGAACUACCGCCCCAUCACAUUGCUCAGCUUCACCUACAAAGUGAUAGCGCGUGUAGUAGCGGAUAGGAUGAAAAAGGGUUGCCUCCUUGCGCCUUACCUGUUUCUGUGCGCGGUGGAACCGCUGGCGCAGGAAGCGGCGAACCGGAAGAUAGGCAUAUCUGCGGGUGAUCAGCGGCUGGCGUACCUCGGUUAUGCUGACGACACAACUCUUAUCCUGAAGGGGGAGGAGGAGAUUGCAGCAGCAGAGAAGUUGUUAGAGGAGUUUGCAGGGGAGUCAGGCCUCGCUACUAACAAGGAGAAGUCAGUUGUCUUACCACUGGGGUCGAACCUGGGCAAGCAGCCAUGGAAGACCGAUGGCUUCAAAUGA